AUGAAACGCAAGUCGAGUGUUUAUUUGCUUCCCUUCAUAGGUGCGGAAACUAGGCUUGAUUGCUAAACGUGGAAGAUUUCAGCUAAAUUUUAAUGGAUUCAGUUAACAAGGAUGUUAAGGAGGCCGUGUGUGAGGCUGAAAAGUUUUUCUCUGUUACAUUGGCCCAAGAAAAUCUAUCUCCAGGAGCAGAGAAAGAGCGCAGCCUGCUAGCAGAUAAGUUCAGGAAGUUAAAAAUUCAACUUGGUUGCAAAAAUGAUCUCCCAGGUGGAGGCAAAGCACCGCUGCGGCCGCCAAAGGGUGGAAUAGCUAUACCUGGACUUGAAGCUACUAAAGCCCAGGAUGGUGAAGAAUUGUAUGAUGAUGUGGCAGGUGUGAUCCCUCAGGACAACUAUUGUGAGAUGGGCCAAGGUGCUGAAGGAAAUCAGAAUCAGCCUCAGGCAACAGAUACGUUGGGUGAAAAUUACGAGGUGAUGUCAGCAGAGCAGACAGAUGGGACGUCACAAGGUGAAGCUGCAGCUGGUGAGGACUAUAUGGCAAUGGAGGAUGAAGUUCAAGAGGAUUAUGAAGAGCCUCAACAGGAAAACACUGCGGAUGAGGAUUAUGAAAUAACAGAAAGCAAUAAACAACCUCCUCCAUCACAGGAUGAGGAAUAUGAGCUGCCAGAUGCUGAUUCAGACUAUGAAGAGGCAGACAAGUCUACUCCAUCAAAAACUGCUCCUGUGGAAACUGAUAGUAUGUAUGAAGGGGUUGAGCCAGGCAUGGGAGAAGGCUCCGUUGAUGGUCCUCAUAUGACAGCAAAGGAAAGGUCAGGCUCGGCCAACUUGGAUCAUUACAUGAAGAAAAUUAAACCUGAGAAUAUUGAGGGCAUCAUUUGUGAAGGUACAUGUUAAGCAGAUUUUUGUUAACAGUAACUAUAUAACUGACUAUAUUUGACUUGUUAGUACUGUACUUCAUACUUUCAUACAUUUUUAUGGUCACUCAAGGGUGUGAAGUUAAGAACCCAAUUUUGACAUGUUAGAUAAAUUUAUGAAGUUAAACUCACUGUAUUUUAUCUGCAGCCUCAUUUAUUCAUGAGUAUAUUUAACUUGUUACAAUAUUACUCACAGAAGUGGAGGUGAAUGGGUGUGUUCCAUUGGACCAAAAAUUCCGGUUUGAAUUACCAAAAUUUUUGUAUGUCAAAUGGAACAUUAUUUUUUACCAGGCCAGACCGAUCUCGUUCUAUUCCUGCUUGAGCUCAUUUCCCACCAAGAUUUACUCAACAAAAUGCUGAAGGAUAAUAAUGAAGUGGCUGUCUUAAGAGCUGUAAGCUCCAUGCAGAGAAAUUUAACAUGCAUUCACAUCACUCUUCAGACUUCUGGGAUAUUUACCAGACCGACUCAAGAAUUAUUUUUGUGUCAUAGGACACUGGCGAACUUUUCUCGCGGGAGAUCAUGCAAACCAGGCAAAUACCCACAGGAAAUUCGGAAUGACUAGUCCAAAAUUUUCCAGAAAAGUGGAUCCUAACGUUUUUGUGGAGGAUAGGCAAUCAAUAAAAGCUUGAACUGUGGCAGAUCGUUUUGCAUCCAGUGU